AUGGAAGAAAAUUUAUACUCUCAAAAUUUGAAAACAAUAACUCAUGCUACAUUUUGUUUUGAAAAUGAGGAUCAUACAUUAGGAAAUUGUUUACGUUGUAUUUUACUUCAAAAGGAAGGAAUCGAAUUUGCUGGUUAUACAGUCCCCCAUCCAACACAAGCAGAAAUAAAUUUAAGAAUCCAAACGACAGGCAAACCCGCUAUAAACAUUUUAAAAGAUUCGUUAGAUGAUUUGUCAAACAUAUGUACGAUUUUAUUGGAUAAAUUUAAGGAUGCCUUGGAAUCUGCCUAA